AGUUCUUUGCCUGUUUAUUACAGCGUUGGUAAAAAGACCGAGGUGGGGCAAGCCAAAGUGUGGCAGUGAUGGACGCCGAGUGCCAGGAAUGGAGUGAGAGUGAGGAAGACUCCAACUCAGAGGAAGAGGAGACAACUUAUGGGGAAAGUUCUGCCCUUGAGCCAGGCUGCCAUCCCCGGCUGAACACAGACAUUGAGACAGUGAGGAGUCAGUAUUCAGAUAGUGCCAUCUCUACCAGUGAGUAUCAAUCUGUUGAUGACGUGGACGUGGAUUUGAAGAUUAGAGCCAACAUUUUGGAUGAGGAGGUGACCAAGGCUUGGAGCGUCGAUCCAAGCGAGCCCAUCAUUGUGCGUCUUCACUUUUCGUUGUCUCAGUAUCUCGAUGGACCAGAAUCCACAGUUGAAGUCUUCCAGCCAUCAAAUAGAUAUCAUUUCAACCUUGGAAAAAAACUCCAGAGCGUUCUUGCAUCCUUCAUAUCUCGUGAGUGGCAACACCUGACCAAUGACACCACGAUGGUUCAUCAGAAGAGAAAGCACUGCUGGUUCAGGCCUGGCGGAACCAUCAAGAAAUGUCGUGCAAAACUCAGCAUCUGGCUGCCGUUGUCAAAAUCGAGAACACUCCAAAGCUGCAGCCAGAGGGGACGGAUUGUCUUGCCUGGCUUGAAAUGGAACCAUUUCACCAAUCGCACGACUUCAUACAACAUUAAGAAGCCAUCGGGAGAACUUUUCACUCACACAUCCAGUGGAAAGAGAGUGAUGGUCGCAGGAGUGAAGUCCUCACCUCACCUCAGCACCAAGCAGCUGAUAGAGCUGAUGUUCUUCUCUCAGGCCAUCAGACAGCGGAAGACUUCCCCGACUCUGCCGCACGGCUUCUUGCUGCAGGUUCUGAAAUAUGCAGAGCAGAGGAUGUUAACUUUGAAGGAGUACUGCGUGGUUUGUGAUGAGAGGCACGUUCUUCAGAGUGGCCCCAUGUUGAAGCCCGCAGUGUGCAGCAGAGAACUCUGUUUGUUUUCCUAUCACACCAUGGGAGUAAUGUCAGGAGCCACGGAGGAGGUGGCCAGCGGUGCUCAGGUGGUCGACCUGCUGGUGGCGCUGUGCAGGACGGCGCUACAGUCCGCACGCAAGGAUAUCAUAUUUCAACCAUACCCGUCUGUUGUCCAUCCAAAGAACCCCAAAAUUCUGGCCUUUAGUCCAAAAAGAAAGAGCUAUGCUAGGCUAGAAAAAGCCUUAGACAGCAUCCUGUUAAUUCGGAGGAUGGCACAGGGUCCAAAUUCUGAAAUUAGGAACCAGAUGGACAGGAUAGACCCUCUUGCAGCUCCUUUACUACAGUGGAUUUUAUCGAGCAACAGAUCCUACAUUGUCAAGCUUCCAGCCAACAGGCAGCUGCCGUUCAUGCACACGCCCCACCAGUUCCUGCUCAUCAGCAGCCCCCCCAACAAAGAGGCUCGCUUUCAAAGUGCCCGCAAGCUUCAUGGGAGCACCUUUGCUUUCCAUGGUUCCCACAUCGAAAACUGGCAUUCUAUUUUAAGAAAUGGACUUGUUAAUGCCUCCAAUACAAAGUUUCAGAUGCAUGGAGCUGCUUAUGGCAAAGGCAUCUAUUUAAGCCCCAUCUCAAGCAUAUCAUUUGGAUAUUCUGACAUGGGUAAGGGACAACACCAGGUACCAACCAAAGAAGAACUCAUGGGAAAAUAUAAUCGAAUAAACAAAGUCCAAAAGGAUCACCCUGGCAGGUUUCUGCAAAGCAGGAACCUCAACUGUGUUGCACUUUGCGAAGUAAUAACAACAAAGGACCUUAAGAAACACGGCAACAUCUGGGUGUGCCCGACACCUGACCACGUGUGCACCCGUUUCCUUUUCGUGUAUGAAAACGGUUGCGUGGGCGAUGUGCACAUCAACACUCAGGACGCCAACAUUCAUAGCCAGAUUUUACACGUCACUGCGACCGAGCCAAGCUGAAAACUAUGGCCUCGUUAUUUGUGUUGUGUUAGCGAGCAGGAACUCCACAUACUCUAUGCCAUAGUUUACACACACAUGCCAUUGUUGGAGUGAAGAACAGUACAAAAAAUGUGUGUUCCCUGCCAAUUGUAGGUAGAUUCCUCUUUUUGGACGGAUAAAGAUAACCAAAUGUCCACCACAAAACGUUAUUUUCAGGUUAUAAAUCGGGGAUUCUCAAACUGUGUUACGGCUACCACUGGUGGUACGUGGACUCAAUUAAGUGAUCGGUGUUUUAUUUUCCAAUAUUCCAACACACCGUUCAAACUGUGUGUAAUGU